CUGCAAAUAAAGCAUCUCAACUUGCUAGCUUGAUCAAGCAUCCGCUUCAUCAUCAUCAUGAAGCGCAGCACGCGGGAAGCAGAUCAAGGGGGUGGGCGCCAGAAGUACUCACGGCAGCAACAACGUGGCAAGGGCGCAGGAUCGCGUACAGUUGUUCAACAGAACCCAGUACUUUCUCUACAUAGCACUAGGGAUACUGAUAGAAUUAUUGAAGAUAGUCAUAUAGAAGAGCAAGAGUACAGUGGGAACUCAGAAGAGAGUGGAGAGGACGAACAUGAUGGAAGCGAAUUGGAGGAAGAGGCUUCGAACGAGGAGUUGAUGCUCAAGCUUAGCUCAAAGUUUACACGGAUGCGGAUAAAGGCUCUCAAGCUGCUUCUUAACCGGCUUUCGGACCUCAAUAAUGCAGAACAAGGUCGUCUUGUGGCAGUCGCUCAGAAGUUGCUUUCGAGCGAAAGAGACAAAGGUGCAAAGGUGCUCCUCAUACAACUCCUUCAAAAUACGCUCGAGGCAACUGGAAUAGAUGGUCGGAGUGUGGUGGAGCAUCUGUUGGAGCAACUUCAGGCGGAUUCUACGGAAGUCAGGGUCCAGGUCUAUGACGCAAUUUCCCACAUUAUCAAGAUCGGAAGACUUUCUCGCAAUAGUCUUUCCGAUAUUAACACUAUACGAGCGUUGAUGACUAUGUCCAUCGCUGAGCUUGAUGAUCGCCAUCACAGAAUCCGUUCUGCAGUUCUUCAACUAGUUGCUCGUUUAGCACCACUGCUUAGGAUAACUGAUCUCAUAGAUGAGACAACACCACUUCAACAGGAGGGGUAUUCAAACUACGAUAUUCAACUUAUUGUUAGUAAUUAUGUAACAGAUCCGGAGCCGCGAGUUCGAAAGAAUGCCUGUAAGGCGUUACUUGAGCUCCAUAGACAGGGCUUUAAGCUUGCACUGGUAAUGUACGAUGUGGCAAUUCAAGCACUUAUUGACGACUAUCAAGAGGUUCGCAUGGAAGGACUGGAUUUAAUCUUCAUCCUGAGUAGCCUUUAUCCACACACAGCUGUCCAGAACCCAUCAUUAACGCAACUACAGGCAACGCGGCUGGUGGAUGAUGCGUUUAUCCGAACAUGCGAUAUGGUUAAUGAUAGCUCUAUGACUGUUCGAGCAAAGGCCUGCGCAAGAUUAGGGCAAUUUAGGUCAGUUGAUUACAAAUAUUUGUCGCAAACGUUUAGUAAACAAAUCAUGGCUCACCUCCGUGUGGAUGUGGCACCAAAGAAUCUCGCUGCUGGACCGGCUCAAAAGGCGGCUCAGAGAGCCAAAUUGAUUGCGACCCCUGAAGGUGAUCAGGACGUGACAGCACAACAAGUUCGGUUACUUGACUCCGGAGCAUGUGGAGCGUUUGUUCAUGGGCUUGAAGACGAAUAUCAGGACGUUAGAAAUGCAGCGAUUGAUUCUAUCCGCGAGCUGUGUCUACAUUACCCUGAGUUUUCUUUGCUUGCGCUGGACUACAUGGUUGACAUGUUCAUGGACGAAAUUGAUUAUGUGCGCCUGAAUGCUUUGACAAGUCUCUACAAAAUCGGGAGCAAAGCGCCUAUCACAUUCGAUACGGAACAGCUUCAGAUUACUUUGGGUGUUUUGGAGGAUGCAGAUCGUGAUGUGCGAGAGUCAACACAUAGGAUGUUGGAGGUUGUGACAAUGGCGACUGCUGAUGGUAUGACGUCGUUUUUAUCUAGUAUUGAGUCGAACAUGAAAAGGUUCCCCGAGGAUCAGCUCUCCAUCUAUCAAUGUAUCAGAUCGGUUGGCCGGCGACAUGGCGUCUUUAUCGAAUCUAUUGUUGCUGAAAUGUUGAACCUUGAUGCGAAAUAUCUACCGAUUGAACAAAAUGUCGAGGAUAUGCAAUAUGGUGGUCAUCUAAUUCUAAUAUUCAAUGCUGCAACUACGGAUCCUCGUAUAUUACAGAUGUUGCCGAAAUACACAUUUAAGCACUACGCAUAUCUACGUGAUAAAUACCCAAACUGUUUCCCCGAGCCUUCGGAAAUUCCAUGUGCAGGAACGCAGCCUUUACAAGAGCUUGCAUCCGCACUUACAAUGACCAUUGCUAACGGCACUGAAUAUGAAAUGGAUGUCGAACAACCUGGCUCAGAUACUACUCAAUCUAGACAUGGCGUAGCGUCGGCUUAUGCCACCACAAUCGCGGCUAUGAGGGUUCAAACGGAACAAGAUGCAGAAUCGUUCUACGAACAGGUCCUCACCAAUCUAGAUCGCAUCUACAUCCUUUGGAGAAAUGAACAUGUAUCGCAAGGGAUGGCAGCCAGUAGUGCCCGUCGAACACUACUCUUGCAGCAGAUCGCCGUUUGCCAGCGUGAUUUACGAUACAUUAAUAGAGUACAUACAAGGCAGGGGCGAAAUGCAGAAUUUGUAGAGAUGUACCUUGAGUGCUGUGAGCUCUUGAUUCAGAUCCAGGAUAGUUAUGAUACCCCUUCGUUCAUUGUACAAGCUCCGAUCCUUUCAGCUCAACUUUUCCGACUUUCAUACUAUAUGGAUCAUACCUUCCUGGGCCUUGAUUCCACGGCGAAAGUCUCUGUAGGCUACUUCCGUGUCUUGGCUAAUUUGGUUUGGUUUUUUGGCAUGGCUCAGAAUAAGGCAUCGGCUCUGUUCACGGCAGCUUCUUUGUCGUCUUUACCAGUUUCAGGGUCCGGACAAAUGAAUCGUAUAGCAACCAAGGGGUAUCUACAGUCGAUGCUCAAGUUGGCUAUCAAGCGAGUAACAGAUCUGCUUCAGCAAAUGGACCAACCUGAAGUUGAUCAUCAACGCAUUCAAAGACACAGAGCAAUGCUAGGAGAUCUCCGGAUAUCACUGCUUCAAGCAUUCGAAUCACCUUCAACUGGUGAAAUCAUCAAGCUCAUGUCAAAUAUUGUGAGAUUUGUGCCAAUGGAAAUCGAUUUCCACAGUCUUGACCUUCAGAGGAUUAUUGCACAAAUUACCAAGCCCAUCUCCAAUCGAGAUACGCCUCUAGACAUCCAUCCAAUGUUCCCAUUCCUAAUUAACGUGGAAGGCAUGAUUAAUCAUGUAGGUGGUAGUACGGCUGGAAUUGCAGUACAGAUCACGUUCCCACAGGGUGUGGUGCGUCAUUACUAUCCACCACCAGAUCAUUUCACUCGCAUGGAUAAAGAGGGGAAAGCUGAAGACGAUAAGCUUGAGACUGAUUCACUAUCAACUCAGCCAACACAGACACAGACACAUUCAUAUCGACUUCGGACGUCAAUCGAAAUUUAUCCAGACGCGACCUGGGGCUCAACACCGACAGAGCUUCGCAUCACACUUUCACGCUCUUUCCGACCGGACCUUGUUGGCCAUGAUGAAUUUAUCUGUCGAUUUGCAGAGGAAAUUGCAUUCAAGAAACGACAGGCACAGCAGGAGCAACAGCUCGAACAGCCAUCAAGCCAGUCGUCAUUAUCAUUGUCAUCGGGCGCAAUGAGCGAUGUUGCACAUCUACAGCAGCCUGAACGAAGCACAACAUCCGUAGCAAGUUUUCGCCGAGGAGCUUCGGAUGGGCACUCAUUAGUCUCAUCAGGUCCAAGCUCGUCGCUUGCUGAACAAACACAGAGCACAUUAGAUAUUUCCAAAAGUGUCUCUUACUAUGUUUCCCGUAGGAAUAUUUUCUUAUAAGAUCCUGACAAUAUCAUUAAUAAAAGAGACUACGAGCA